AUGUUCAAAGGCAUCUCGGAUCAUUUUGGAUCCAUCAUCGUCGCUUUGCUGUCCAUACAAGGUGUUUGCUCAGCACUUGAAGUUGAGCCAAACCAGACUUCAGGUCAAACCAAUGACAAAGAGGUUGCGGAGCUGGAAGUCCGGACAAGCGAUGAGUAUACUAUCGUCCAUAAGUGGAGCGGUGGAGCCAUCAUCGGAACGGCUGCUUCGGUUGGCCUCGUGAUUACUGGAGUUGCCAACGUAAUUACCAGCUGGUACAGCAGCACACCAGACGCGCAAAAGAUCUGUGGAAAGUCAGCGACAAUUAGCACCACAGGAGGCGAUGGAGUCGGCUAUAAAUACUACGUCUAUUCUUACACAACUGGCUCAAACUGUGACAGCACUCAGCGAGCAAAGACCAUCACCAACAAGCUCUCCGAUGCAUUCGAUGACUUGCAUUCUCAGGGAGCCUCUGCAGUGUGCCUUGACUUUGAUCACCAUGGUACAUGGCAUGGAGUGCUUGGCCUGGCAACCGUCGGCUCUGGAAUUGACCCACAAAGCGCUUGCUCCGAUCAUCACGCAGGCGCUAAAAGGAGCGAUGCUGACUUUCUUGAGCUCGAGGAAGACAGAAACGCCACGAAGAGAAAUGAAAUUGGACUUGUGAAGAGGACUUCAAUCUCCGUCUCAGAGUCAAACAAGAAAUCAGGAAGCACCAAGUUCAGCGAUGCCAACAAGUCCCAGCCAGUGAUCCUCGGAAUUGCGAACAAGAUGUAUCAGCAAAGUCAAGCCGGAAGCUGCAGUAGCGUCACAGGUACCCUGCAAGACUAUAACGGAGUGAGUUAUUCCUAUUACUUCUACGCCUCGGGGCGUAACUGUGAUACUACUGCUCAGAUCAAGACAAUGGUCUCUGCUCUUGACGAUGCAUGGGAUGGUCUGGGAAGCACUUCGGCACUGUGCUUGACAAUGCAACAUGGAAGUGGCACAUGGAGAGGACACUUGGGUAUUUCCGCAAUGCAAGGCACUUACCCUGCCCAGAGCUUGUGUUAG